AUGUCCAACAGUUCACUUCCUCGAUGCGAAAUCGCCCCAGAGACAGCUCGAUCAGACGCGGGCGUGGCAGGAGCUGGAAUCCUCCUCGCCUUCAUCAUCACAGCCGGCCUCGCCCUCCUCCUAUCCUCCUUCAUCGUCUUCAGCGAAAUCCGCGGCAGAACCUCCCGCAACAUCUCCCGCAAGAUCCUCUCGGGGCUCUCCGACCAGCAAUUAGUCGAAGGCAUAGGUAUACAAGUUGUCGGGCUGGCCAAGGUCAACAGCAUGGUUCCCUACCACUUCUUCAUCAUCUGGAUGCUCUCACUCCUCUCCACUGCCACCAACUUCGCCGCGCUUAUGGCGCUUGUGCAGGACUUCAAGAGGGAUUGGGUCCUGAGGUGGCUGAGGCAGUUUGCUAUGUUUGUCAAUAUGGUAUUGACGAUCGUGUUUGGGAUAUUCGUGCUGGAGACGAACAUUCAGAGUCUGGCGCCCACACUGCCGAUGGUCUGUGUGUGGAGAGAGCAUGCCAAGAGCAGUGACGGGCAGGGAAACAAGACGUUGAGUGUCAUCGGAACGAUUGCGGUCAUUGCGGCGAGUGCGAUCAUCUUUGCGCUGGGGACGUGGUAUCUCCAUAUGAAGAGGCAGUACUGGGGCAAGAUCGUAAGAUGCGUGAGCUUGCUCGUGCUCAUGGCUAUGGCGAUAGGCGCUGCGGUGAGAGUCAUCAUCAUCUCGCAGGCGUUUGGAACUCCGUCGGUGAAUUUAUCAGACAUGGGAGAGAAGGAGUGGAGUUUUGGGCAGCUGCUCACAAUGCUGCUUCUCCUGCUGCCGUUCGUUUCGGCGCUGGAAAUCUUCAGAGGUCAAAUGCAUGUCCCUGAAUCGAGUCCACACGACGACUCAGACCAAAUACCUCUUACCUCGAGCGACGGGGCGGACCUCAAGCCUGACAAUCGCUAUACCUAUCAGUCGAAUCCGUUCUUUCGAUAA